GGUAAAGUGACCAGAUGUUGGCUGUGUACCGGGACAAUGUAUAAAGAAGGGUCCCUGCUUCAUAUUCCUUUUGGGAUUGGACGUGUUAAUCUAAAACGUGGCUUGCCUCGGGAUACCAGUGAACCAGAUGAGCCUUUGAAUGAUGGCUACAGAAUCACUGUCAACUUUUUAAUUCAAGAAUUGUAUUGAAUUCAAAUUAAACAAUUUGGCAUGGUUAUAUUUGUGAAAGCUGAAAAUGGAAUAUGCAAAGAAAUCUCUCAGCUUCUUAUCUCCCAGUUCCAUAUCCAGGUGUGUUUCAGCUAGUGCAUCAGCAACAUCACAACUGUUGAACAGUACUCCACAGCAAAGACCGUUCCGGGUGUGCAACUGGGAUCGGAGCCUCAAGAAGGGCAUCAUGGCUGCAGGUCUUCAGGAUUUAAUGGAUAAGGUUCAAGAAUCAUUACAUACAACAUCCAGUGCCUCUCUGCUACUGGAAGAGGAUGGGACAUGCGUUGAGACAGAAGAAUUCUUUCAGACAGUACUUGAUAAUACACUGUUCAUGGUGCUUGAGAAAGGACAGAAAUGGACACCAUCAGAGAACAGUGGCUUUCAUCUUGGAUUCACUGAUAAAUUGCGCAGAAGAAAAGAUGUUGCCAGAAUAACCUUUGACCUCUAUAAAGAAAAUCCUCAGGAUUUUAUUGGCUGCCUGAGUAUGAAAGCGACGCUGUAUGGAUCAUACUCUGUAUCAUAUGAUGUCCAAUGUGUAGGAGCAAAAAAAAUAAUGAGGGAAGCCUUGCGUUUGACGAUGUUCACAAUGCAAGCUACAGGUCAUGUGCUUCUUGGGACUUCAUACUAUAUGCAGCACCUGCUGGAUGAGGAUGAAACACAGGCAGCAGUCAAACCUCUCUGUGCACUUGAAUGAACUGUUUGCCCUACCUAACUUUUUUCCUGCCAAUGAACUUUAACCAGAGAGCUCAUGUUUGCUAUAGUUCUGUAGCAACAGCAUGAAAUCUCCCUGAAAGUAUGUCACUGCAAUGUGUUUAUGGUCAAUUUUUGUUCAAGAGUAUAUAAUCAGACCAUCUGGAUUGAUAUGGUAUGAAGUAAAAAAGUGUAAAUUACAUGCAUCUACUACUUUCAGGGUGUUCUACUCAAAUGAACUUGAAUGCAUCUGCUUUAUUGCACCAAUCCUGAACAAGAAGCUAUACUAGUGCAGGAUAACACUAAUUAGAAGUCAGCUCAGGUGUUGUGGAAUAAUUGCAGCCUGCAGUAUUGCAAUUAAUCUUCCAAGAAAGCUACUCACUUUCUGCAAAACAGACCCAGCCUAAUAUGUGCCCACUCUCUACAUUGCCUACAUCCAAGUAAAAGUAAACUUGUGCUAUUUAAGUGAUUAAAUGACUUGAGGAUAGUCGGGAAAACAGCACAUCACCAGUAAAGUCUGCAGACCGUAUUAGUUUUGUUCCUCCUUCCCUGUCCCCACCCUCAUUUUAACCUCCAGUGGCAAUAAUUCAGCCACAUGCUAAAACAAUGACUAAAUGACAACCUAACCUAUUUUGACUGCAAAAUGUGGAUAUUAACCCACUGACAGACUACUAUUUUCCCCAUAUGUCCUCUGGGUUUUAUUAUUCAGUUUCCUGUUGAGUGUCUUUUUUAUCGGCCAGCAACAUCAGGGAUCUGCCUUGCUUUGAGGGAAGUGAUGUUAUAAACAGAUACAACUGGAAAAAUGGAACUUGUUUAAAUGUGGCUGAUGUCAUUAUGCACUAUAAUUAAAAUGAAAAACUUGCAACUGAACUCCAGUUCUCUUGCAAUCCAUGUUACCUAAGCACUAAAGUAAAUGUAUAAAAUUGAUUUCAGUUGAAUGAAAAUGGUUGUAAUUGCAAGAUAUUUAUUAAAACAAAUCUUGACUAUAUUGUGACUUGCUGAAAACAACUACA